UUUUACAUCCCUGCUUACGUUUGGCUGGCAUAGCACAAGUUCCGCAUUCCCAAAUCCUCCCAGAUUGGGAUCACGUUUUAAAUCGGGCUGAUGCAACGGUUUCCACUUUUUAAGAUCUACUCUCGACCCUCGGCUGACCACAAGAAAGGACAUUUUUGGCACCUGGGAUCAAAGUCAGCUGUGGUCACGACCAAGUCUGACACGAUGCCAGGACAAAUCCCAGAUCCCGCGGUGACGGCAGGCUCCCUGCCCAGCCUGGGCCCACUGGCUGGGAUCUCAGCCACCACGUUGACUGACAAGCUCAAGUUUGGUGACCUCCAGGAAUUCGGCACAAUGCUGUCACCUCUGCACUUCCUGGACAGUCUAGGAAAAAGGCCCCUAGUCAUCAAAACAGAGAGAGAUGAAGAGGAGGAGAGGAGGAAACGAAGGCGAGAGAAAAACAAAGUGGCUGCAGCUCGAUGUCGAAACAAAAAGAAAGAGCGGACAGAUUAUCUACAAAAGGAGUCAGAGCGACUAGAGAUGUUAAACUCUGACCUUAAAGCCCAAAUCGAGGAGCUGAAGCUUGAGCGACAGCAGCUGAUCCUCAUGCUGAACCGCCAUCGCCCCACGUGUAUUGUCAGGACUGAUAGCGUCAAAACCCCGGAGAGUGAGGCGAACCCCUUGCUGCAGCAGCUGGAGGACAAGUGAAGUUUACAGCUGAGAAGAAGAAACCAACAAACAGCACUUAGCUUUGGGCUUUGGUCAUGGAAGAGACACCAGCCAAGUAUUCCAGCCUACAGUCACAGAGCGUUACACCAAAAAGGCAUAGAUCCAAUAAGAUUGGACAGAUUUUUUUUUUUUUUUCUCGCCCUCUUUUUGCUUUAGUUUUCUUUUUGGUCAUCAGAACUGAAAGAACUGCCAGCAUGAAGGUAAACAGGACAAGCACAACUACUCUACAGGUGGAUUACCUUACAUCACCCAACAUUCACUAUGUUAUGUUACAGUGGCUCUCUGCCUUAGCUUUUCUUAGCUUUCUUAGGUCUGGUUUUCAUAUAUUUCAAGCAGCUUAAAUGGAGUUUGUUCGUAGUAAAAUCUCUCUCAAUCAGAAAAACACCAAAGGGUAAAGACAGCCAACUUAUAUGAGCAACUAAUCUGAUCAAAUAGCAGUCUAGAUGUUUCCAUGUUGCUAGGUUACUUGCGUUGUUAAGUGCUGGCUCCAUGUCAUCCUUUUAAGGAGCUUGUGAUUAAGAAAGUAAGACAUUAUUCUAAACACUAAUCAACUUAAAAAACAACUCAGAUUUGAUUGAUUAAUGAACCCAACAAAGCAUUCAUUAAAAAUAAUUUUAUUAUUUUUAAUAUAAGGAAAAUAAACUACACUGAAAUCUGCUAGUUUAUCAGUUUACAUAUCUUUAAACCCUUAAAGCCUGAAAACUCAAAUAAUAGCCUGAAAAUUAUUAUUAUUAUUAUUUUGGAACUGAAGUGUUUAUUUAACCCUCUAUCAAAAUCCCAAAAAAGAAAAAUUACCAUAAAUUUUAAAAAUAUAUUUUUUUUAGCACAUUUGAUACAUAAAGUGUUUUGGCAACUGAUAAUCCACUGAAUGGUAGUUUUAUCACUAAUUUGACUGUAUUCAAAAGGUUUUUACAUAACUGAAUGGUCAUGUUGAUUAGACAGAGGUCUCAGAAAAGUGUGUAUCAAAUAUGGUACAAUGGGCUUUAGGGGUUAAGUUAAUAAUCCAGAUUUUUGUUUCUACUUCGUAGGGAUUAUAUUGGAUUGUCAAUAAUUGCAUUGAUAUUUAAAUCUGUUUUUAUGCAUUUCAUUUACCUCUGGUUUCACAAAAAAUUUAAAAGUAACUAAAAUGUGAAGCAGAGGGUCAAAUCCUAAAAGCGCAGUGGUUAUGUAUGCUAAAGCUACACUGCAAAAUUGAACAAGUUGAAAAACAUUUUGUUAAAAUCAAGUUUUGAAGUAGUGAAAAAAUUUUUUAGUUAUCCCAGAGGAGUUGAUGAAACUCAAAACAUUAGAGGCAGCUGAUUUCGUAAAAAUUUUAUGUAACUGAAAAUAAAUAUGUGUUGUGAAGCAGGUACUUAGCCAUUUUAAAUAAUAUCAACUCAGUUUUACUGAUUUAUAAUAAAGUUAAACUUUUUUAAAGUCUAUCCACACUGUGGAAAUGUUCCAACACUUAAAAAUUCUGCUUGAAUCCAGGUCAAAACUAAUUAUUAAAGCACUUUUGGUAAAGCAACAUGAUCUUAGUUCCCUGCUGUUUUCCCUCAUUGUCAUCAUGUGCUUUGAUCUAACUCAAGUUAGGCCAGCUUAAGUAUCUAAGAAUUGAACCAGGAGGUCCUCUUCUAUCCUAUUCAGUAUACCAUCUAUUGUGUAUUGUGGUUGCUCCCUACAGGCAGGACUUGUCUAACCGAGUGGGUAACUUCACUCAUGGUGCAAAAGAGUCUAAUGCCCAGUAGCAUUCUGGGAAAACUAUGCAGAUAAAGGGAUGAUUGUUGAAUAAUGUGAGUACCACGAUAAACAAAAUACUUAGAAUGAUUGGGUACUGUUUACUUAAAACUAAGAUAUGUGUUCAGUCAAUUCAGAAAAAUAGAGCUGUCAAAGCAUUUUUGGAUUUUUAAGUUGAUAUAACUCAAUUUUUUAACAAGCUUCCACUGUUGGGUCUUACAGUUACAAACAGUUUCCUUAUUGUAAUGAGGAGAUAAAACUUCUCAUUCUGUGUCCCAGCCAAAAAGGAAUGCUUAAUAGAUUCAUUCAGAACUGGGGCUGUCAGCAAGAAUACAUAAAUAAUAGAUUAAGGUCUAUAUUUAGUGUAUUGAUUUUUUUUUAAAUUGCUGUUAACCACAUACGUUAUUAUUAGAGAUAAGUGAGACUGGGUUUUGCCAAUAUUUAAUAUAGCAAUAUUUCCAAAUUCAUUUUCUCUAAAAGCCAGAUAAGGCAAGUUUAUCGUAUAACACACUUCAGCAACAAGCAAUUCAAAGUGCUUCACAAAAGACAUCAAAACACAAUGACAGGGAAAAAGAUACACACCAGAAAGAAAAGUUAUUCAAACAGCCAAUAAAACCCACAAAAGAGCAAAACAAGAAAUCAAUAGAGAGAAAAGGAAGGAAAAGGUUUUAGCAGAAAACUGGAAAUGCCAUCUCUUCUACCCAGAUACCAUAUUUUGUUUUCAUCGUUUUGUUUCUGGUGGAUCUCAAUUCAGUGUUUAAAGACUCACAAGAAAUUUAAUUGUUCUAUUAAAAUGUCUUUCACAGAGUUUUAGUUUCUUCCCAGGGAAUGAAAGCCUAAUAACACAAUAACGUUAACACUGGCCCCACUUAUGACCACGGACAACUGUCCCAAAAUUUAUGGUAGAAUUUCAAUACGAACACUGAGCCUCAUCAAAGAGUGGCAGGAAUGAAGGAAUCACAGCAAUAUUAGUUCCCACAUAUUAAUUUAGUUCAGACUUAAAACUUUAGUCAUUAAAACACAAAUUUAAGAUGAACAAAUAAUGACCUUUGCUCUCUAGAAAACACCGUAAAAUUUAAGAAAUGUGGAUGAACAAAGAAAAAGACCACAGCUGACGAAGGUCUGCUCAUCCUGCCUGAAACUCCACAAACUCAUUCAAACAUACAGUUGAUAUUCACAGCUGAUAUAUUUGGUGGUAAAUAUUGGCAGGAAUAUCAUAUCCACUGAUACUGAUGAUUGACUUUUUAAGCUAAUAUCUGCUGAUACCCAUGUCAUAUCAUAUUAUGUGUCAUUUUACUAUUUUAAAAAAAUCACAGAAGCUCAGUGGAUAAGUCAAAGGUCACCAACACCUUGGGUUAUUAAAGUUGUCCAUGUAUUACCUUUUCAAUCCAUAACAAGGACCUUAUUCAGUGGGUAAGUUCAUGCUAUGAGCAAUCAAAUCAAUCAACCCUAACUUCUUUUUUUCCUGCAAAAUAAAAGCAUGUAUCCAAACAGGAAGUAAGUUGUCUUUAGUUUAAGAAAAAUCCAACUUAAAAAAAAAACAGUUUUGGAAGCAAACAGUGGAACAUUAAAAUGCAUCAAAAUGGGAGAUUAAUUACAAUUAACUACAGAAAUUCAAAAGUUAACUGUGUUAAAAAUCCUAAGCGUUUGACAACCCAAUAUGAAAAAUAACUUCUCAUAUAAUAAUCAUCACAUACAGAUAAAACAUCUUGUUUUCACAAUAAAAUUCUAGUAAAUUCUAUAUAUUUCUAUUGCAGUUACUCCAAAUACUGAUAUAUUGCCUUCAUGAUUUUCUGGUCCAUUUUUUUCUUUUUCUUUUUUUCAAAACAUUUGAUGACAGCAAUACAUUAUUUUCUUUAAUCUUAUGUUUUGGCGCAGGCGUCAUGUAUGCACAUUUAUGGACUGUUUACAUCGUACAUUAUUUUUCUGUUACCAUUUUGUUACUACCAGUUAUGUUUAAUUUUUUUAUACUUUUGUAUAUGAUGUUAUAUAAACAUAUAAGCUAUGACA